AGAGUUAACUAACGCAGCUUUACUUGAAACACGGAGUAUUCCUGAUUUACUACAGCCUGCAGAAAAGCCAUGGACCCCUGCUUAAGAAAGACUACCAAGCCAAUGAAGCCAGUGGCAGGCAUGAAGAGAUCUAAACUUCAGGAGGCGUUGACUGGAGGUGUUAAGAAGAUGAAAUCAUCAACUCCUUCUGAAACCCUGGUCAACAAGACUCUGUCGCAGCCGGGAUCCUCUUCAUCUGCCGCCAAGACUCUUUCGCAGCCAGGCAAGACUCUGUCGCAGCCGGGAUCCUCUUCAUCUGCUUUGUCUGACGAUGCAAAGAAAACAACUACAAUAUCAACUCAAUCUUCCCUUGCCGCCAAGACUCUUUCGCAGCCAGGAUCUUCUUCUGCUUUGUUUGAAGAUAGAUUGAAGAAACCUUCUUCUGGUAACACUUCGUCGAAGAAACGGUCUGAUUCAUCGUCUUCCUCUUCUUCUUCUUCGUCAUCAUCUUCCUCGUCUUCUUCAUCGUCCUCGUCCUCUUCUUCUACGUCAUCGCCCAAAAAUCAAACAAUUAAGUCCCCUCUAUCCAUGCUUCUCUCUCCCAUAAUUCUCUCCUUGCUAUCUCCUAUUAAAUCUCCAGAAAAGCCAUUCACUCCCAAACCCUCCACACUAAGGGGAAAAGCAGGAUGGUACCCACUCAACCUAAAAUUAUUAGCAGCAAACCUGUCGCUACCAAUCCUCAGUCAUUUGAAAGACCAUCAAUAA